AUGACAGCUUAGCUAUUAUAUAGAAUAUUUUUGUCUUAGUCGAAAACAAGGACAGAGAAAAGACAAUUUUCAGAGUAUUUCGACAAAUUUUUUUAGCCUUUAAGUAGGAGAAAAAGGAGAAAAAUACAAGAAGGAGUACGCCAUAAUUCUAAAAUAGCAAUAUAAAAGUAAGUAUGAAUUUGAAUAAGGAUGAGAUAAUUUUUUUUUAAAUAUAGACAAUGACCAAGUUAACACAUAUGAAUAUUAAGAAGAAGAAAAAAUAUCUUUAGAAAUACACACUCCAAAAAAGAUAAGAUAUUUAAACAAAAGCUAGCUAAUAGUAGUACUCUAAAGGGAAGUAAAAAUAGAUCAUCAAUUUGCUAGUUUUUUCACAUUGACCGUUAAUUAGAAAGUUUUCCAGAAAAAAUAAUGGAGCAGUUUGAGAUAUAGGUUUCUCCUGUUUAAAUAGCAUUCUUCUUUGAAGAUUCAAAAAGAUCUUAGGGAACAUUCUCUACCUAAUAUAGGCUUAACCUUUGUUGGUACCUUUUUCAAACAAUAGAGUGAAUUCCUUGGUAUAUUUGAAUUUGAAAGUUCAUUCUUUGGAGGUGAUACUGUUUAGAUCAUGGCAGUUAAAGUAUUAGGUCAUCUGAUAUUUCUCAUUAGACAAAUGUAAAAUCGAAGGAAUUUUGCUUCCAGGUCAUCUUUAGAUUCUGUUUUUUUGUGAAGAAAAUUUGCCCCUUUUCAUUAUAUUAAUAAAUAUUCAAUCUCUAAUUCUUCUAGUUUAACUACUAAAAUAAAUGUCUCAUUAAUAAUUAUUUUUAAUUUCUUUUAUCAUAAACCUUACACUAUCCUGCUUUUGUAUUACUUGAAACGUCUAUAUUCGCUACUAAUAUUUCUAAUUAGGGCAUUAUAUCUCUUAGGCUAUCUUUAGAGGAGGCUAAUUUCAGAAUUACCUAACUAUGGUUCUUAGUAGAGGAUAGAGCCAAAAUUUUAUGGAUUAAGCAAAGAAUCAUUUUGAAUUACUAAAACUGUAAUCUCAAAAAUAGGUUGAUAUUUGCCAUGUAUAUUUAGUCCUGUAUGAGGUUUUAUACUGAAUGGGAUGGUAUGUAGAUGAUAUUUGUAAAAAAAAGACAUCCCUUGACUUGA